AUGAGACCUGAAUUAUUUAAGGCUACUGUAGCUGGAGUACCAUUUGUAGAUGUUGUGACUACAAUGCUUGGUCCAACUAUUCCUCUUACAACUACAGAAUGGGAGGAAUGGGGUGAUCCUUGGAAAGAAGAGUUCUACUUUUACAGGAAAUCAUAUUCACCAGUUGACAUUCAAGUCUUUGCCAACAUUAUGAACAGAGAUAUAACAUGGCCCAAGAUUCCUAAGGAGAUGAGCUAUGAAGCAUAUGAUCUGAUUAAUAAUUUGCUGACUGAAAAUCCAGCUCAACGCCUUGGUGCCAUAGGGGCUGUACAGGUAGACAUGCACCAUUUCUUUAAGAAUAUCCACUGGGACACACUUGCAAGGCAGAAGGCUACAUUCAUACCAUCUGCUAAGACUCUCGACACGAGUUAUUUCAUGAGCUGGUCUAUUUGGAAUCCAGAAGAUGAGCAAGUUGAUGGAGGCAACGAUUUCGAUGAUAUGUUUGAUAUAGGUUGCACAUUUGGUGAUAGUUCUUUUGGCAAUAUGCUAGAGGAAGAGGUCGGGUGA